AUGUCUCAUUCCAUUGGGACCCCUCUGUCUGAGGGCAAUGGAAUUUCUAAGAUCGAUGAAAAGGUUCCCGUCUACAGCACGGAAAUCAAGAAUAGCGAUUUGGAAAAUGCCGUCGAACAGCUGGGUGAAAUCCAGAACUUCGAACAAGGCCUCAAGCAGCGUCACAUUCAAAUGAUUGCCCUGGCUGGUACUGUCGGUACUGGUCUUUUCUUGAGUUCUGGAAAGGCCAUCGCAACUGCCGGUCCUUUGGGAGCUUUCCUCGGUUAUGGUAUUAUCGGUUGUGCUGUUUCCAGUGUUGUCUUUGGUGUUGGUGAGAUGGGAUCUCUCGCUCCGCUCAACGGUGGUAUCAUUCGUUACGCAGGCCUCUUCUGCGACCCCGCCCUCGCCUUCGCCGAUGGUUGGAACCAGGUUUACGCAGAUAUCGUCUCUAUUCCCGCUGAAAUUGUCGCCGCCUCUGUCAUCGUCGAGUUCUGGAUUACCGUCAACAAUGCCAUUUGGAUUUCUGUCUUCAGUGUUCUGAUGCUUUCAACUGCACUCAUGUUUGUUCGUGUCUACGGAGAGCUCGAGUUCAGUUUCUCCAUCUUGAAGAUCAUGCUUAUCAUUGGAAUCAACAUUAUGGCUUUGGUCAUCACCUGUGGUGGUGGACCCGAUCAUCAGUCCAUUGGCUUCAGGUACUGGCACAGUCCUACCGGUCCUUUCGUUCAGCAUCUUGGCGUUGCCGGUUCCCUUGGUCAAUUCCUCGGAUUCUGGCAGACUUUCAAUAACGCUCUCUAUGCUUACUCCGGCAUCGAGAACAUUACAGUUGCUGCCGCCGAGACUCAGAACCCCCGACGUGCUAUUCCCAUGGCUGCUCGACGUAUCUUCAUCCGUAUCUUGCUCUUCUACGUGUUGACCAUCUUCAUGGCUACCCUCUGUGUCUCAUCCGCCGAUGAACAUCUUCUGCGAUCCACUGGUACUGCCGCACGGUCUCCCUUCGUCAUUGCCGCCCGCGCUGCUGGAAUCAAGGUCGUGCCAUCGAUCAUCAACGCCGUUGUCAUCACCUCGGCCUGGUCAUCUGGAAACUCUACACUGCUCGCCGGAUCUCGUAUCUUGUACGGUAUGGCCGUUCAAGGCUUCGCUCCCAAGAUCUUUACCAAGCUCAACCGCUUCUCCAUUCCCUGGGUCGCUGUCUCUCUCUACGGUGUCUUCAUGGCCCUUGGUUACAUGACACUGCAAAGUUCGGCCAGCACCGUGUUCAGCUGGCUCCAGGAUCUCGUGUCCAUUGCCACCUUGGUCAACUGGACUAUUAUUUGCGUGACCUACCUACGAUUCUUCUACGGAUGCCGGAAGCAGGGUAUUGACCGACACAAAGAGCUCCCAUGGGCAGCUCCCUUCCAGCCCUGGGGUACAUGGGCCUCUUUGAUUUUGUUCAUCAUUAUCUUCUUUACUGGUGGUUACUCUACCUUCAUGCACGGCCAUUGGGAUACUGAGACCUUUGUCUCCUCUUACUUCAACCUACCCUUCAUCCUCCUCGUUUAUUUCGGUUACAAAUUCUGGAAGAAGACAAAGAUUAUCCCCCUGGAGGAUAUCCCCAUCCGUCCCUUCAUUGAAGACUUCCAAAACAACCCCGAGCCCGAGCCGGAACCCAAGAAGGGCUGGCAGAAGCUAAAUAUUCUUUGGUCAUAG